AUGUCUUCUUCGAGUACAACUAAUAUCACAUACGAUUAUCAAGUUGCAUUGCAACAGCAACUUGCAAUCACCUUUUCGGGAGAAUUUUGUAUCCAAGGCCUGGUUGAGGGACGUCGAAAUGUAAUAGCCCCUCGGAGAUUUUAUGCGGCCACUAUUGAGCAUAAAGAUCCCGGAUUUUAUCCUAAAUCAAUUCUUAUAGGGGACGACAUCUUUACAAAAGCUCUCCACACUGGUAUCACUUACGAGCUUUACGGACAUAUUAUCAACCACUUGUACCAAUAUCCCCCCAUGAUGAUCGUCGACUACCAAGCCACGCCACCGGAGCCAACCACUCGCCUUCCACGACCUACUUGUAGCAAGAAUAUUGCUGUGAUUGCGACUGGCAUCAUUGUCCGCCGCUUUGAUCGCGAGGCCUAUAAUGACGUUAUUCUGACUGUCAAACAUCGUGACUAUGAUCCUGGAGUCGCUAUUGUACUGAUCCUUCUGCAGACUCUCGAAUGGGUCGAUUUUUUUGCGGAAUAUAUAUGUGGUCACAAAUACAACGACAAAUUUGACCCUAACUCACUCCAGAUCGGCACUACAAUGCGUUUCGAAGGCCACAUCAAAGGUUUUUACGAAUCUCGUAAUACUUGGGUCUUUCGGGUUGUUUCUUUCCGUGCCGAGUCCAAGAAUGCCGGUCACGGUACCGAUGGUACGAAAGGGGAACAAUAA